AUGGCAAAUCUUGUUGAGAAAUUCUCAGCAGAGAUGAGAUCUACUCUUAGACCUGCUUAUGAUAACUUUAUUGGCUUCUUUCACACCAUUGACUGGAUGCUGUUUUGCCGCCGAACCCGUCUCAACACGAGACUGAAGCGGGGAUGGGUGCUUCCGCCAUCUCCGAUUCGAGACGACGUUGUCGAUGUGCUAUCGCUGGAAAUCACCGUCGACGUCGCCGUAACUCAUCGGAGCAGUUGUCGUACCACCUCAAGGCCAGGCCAGGCAAGGCGAAUUGUUGGCAAGGAACCUUGGUUGAUAGAUCUUCUUUCAUUUCAUGCCAUGUUUCUUCUGGUAUCUAUUGUGUUGCGGAAGAACAUCAAUUUCCAGAUGUUUUUGUUCCUUUUGGCAUUGGGAGGAGUGUAUGGUGCUGAGAGGCUUAAUCGCAUAUUAGCUGCAAACUGGAAAAGCUUUGCGCGCCAAAAUUACUUUGAUUCACAUGGCAUUUUUCUUUCCACACUCUGGUCUGGGCCUCUGCUGGUUAUUGCGAUAAUAGUCUUGGUUAAUACCCUCUUUUCACUAUGUUACCUGAUUGUCAGGUGGAAAAAAGCAGAGCUUAGACACCGGGCAAGACUGCUACUAAAAAGGAGGAUUGAAAAGCAUAUUGCUGCUCUGCUACGACUAAAAAGUUGGGGGGUAGGGGAGGGAGAAUGCUGCUUAUGGGACAUCUUAAUACAUUCUCUCCCUACACCAACUGAUGAAGAGAAUUCCUUACACCUGGUUACAUUAGGGAUUUCUUUUUGCCAUUAGCCUUUUCCCCGUAGAAAUGUGUCUUCGUUGUUUGGUUUAAUUUUCUUUGUAGAGGUGAAAUCAGCAUAGCCCUUUUCUUGCUUUUAUGCCUGUCAGAGAAACGUUUGCCCAUCUUUCAUUUAUGUUGCAAUCUUGCGUCUUUGAAUUUCUUAUAUCAAAGAUUAAAUUAUCCAAAAGAAGUCGCAUGUGAAGUAUUUGGCCUCUUUUUUCGCCGCCUAGGUUAUACUGUUGAAACU